ACUGGCGCGCUAGGGGCUGAGACUGUUUUAACUCCUGGGCUUGGCGACCUGAGAGGGGCCAUGGCGGCGGAGGUGUUGCCGAGCGCGAAGUGGCUGUACUGUGGGGAGCCCGACGAAAGCCAGAGAGCUGUCCUGGUUCAGUUCUCCAAUGGGAAGCUGCAGAAUCCAGAUAACAUGCGCUUCAGCUUGUACAAGAACAAGGACUCCACCAAUCCCAGGAAGAAGAGCCAGCGGAUCCUGGCAGCUGAAACAGACAGACUUUCCUACGUGGGAACCAAUUUUGGAACUGGAGCACUCAAAUGCAACACUCUGUGCAGACACUUUGUGGGAAUUUUGAACAAGACCUCUGGCCAAAUGGAAGUAUUUGAUGCUGAAUUAUUCAACAUGCAGCCACUGUUUUCAGAUGAAUCAGUGGAGAGUGAAUUGACACCAGACAGUGAGAGCAAAACUUUUAGAGAUAAGAUGGACUCUUGCAUUGAAGCCUUCGGUACCACCAAACAGAAGCGGGCUCUGAACUCCAGGAGAAUGAACAGAGUUGGCAAUGAAUCUUUGAAUCGUGCAGUAGCUAAAGCCGCAGAGAGUAUUAUUGAUACAAAGGGUGUGACCGCUCUGGUCAAUGAUGCCCUCCACGAUAACUUGCAAGACGACUCCCUCUGCCUUCCUCCCUGCCACGCGGAUGCAGCCAAGCCUGAAGACGUGUAUAAAUUUGAAGACCUUCUUUCCCCUGCGGAGUAUGACGCUCUUCGGAGCCCAUCUGAAGCUUUCAGGAAUGUCACAUCAGAAGAAAUACUGAAGAUGAUCGAAGAGAACAGCCACUGCUCCUUUGUCAUAGAAGCGUUGAAGUCCUUGCCAUCAAGUGAGGAGAGCCGAGACCGCCAGGCCCGAUGCAUAUGGUUUCUGGACACACUCAUCAAGUUUCGAGCACAGAAAGUGAUUAAGCGGAAAAGUGCCCUGGGACCUGGAGUUCCACACAUCAUCACCACCAAACUGCUGAAGCACUUCACCUGCGUGACCUACAACAAUGGCAGUUUACGCAACUUAAUUUCCGAUUCCAUGAAGGCAAAGAUCAUUGCGUAUGUGAUCGUACUCGCCUUGCAUAUAAACGACUUCCAGAUUGACCUGACAUUGUUACAGAGGGACCUGAAGCUCAGUGAGAAAAGGAUGCUCGAGAUAGCAAAGGCCAUGAGGCUGAAGAUCUCUAAGCGAAAGGUGUCUCUGGCAGCCGGCGGGGAGGAGGAGCACAGACUGGGUACUCUGUGCAUCCCGCUGCCUCCAGCCCAGACCUUGGACCGCCAGUCAAAGCGGAGGAGACUCACGUAGAGAUUCUCCAGCUGUUACUGUGGUGUCCAGCUGUGUGGGAGAGCAGGCCCUGCCCAAUGAACCAAUGAGGCUACUGCAGAGCAUUCUCAACUUCCCGGUUAUUCCCCAACCACACAAGAGCUGGGAUGGGUGUUCUGGUCCACUACUGCCUCCAGGCGACUUGGAGGACCUGGUGUGUCUCAGCUGUUCCUUUUUCUGCUACCAAAGCCCUAGGUAACACCUGUCCUACCUACGCGCUCUUAACAUUUGAUAUAGUGAACUAUCACCUCCUGGAUCUUAACCAGCAUCACCACUCAGGGCCUCAAUCCCUUCUGUUAAAAAAUGGGGCAAUAACUUCCCGAAGUCGGUGUGUAAUGUACUGCAGGUGGAACAGGAGGUGGUUUUAGUGGCACAGGGAUAUAUCAAAACACAGGUGUACGCUGGUUAGACUAAAGGGCAGCAACAGAUUCCCCCAAAUGUCACGUUUCAACAAAAGGUUUACUUGCUUGGGGGAUUGCGAAUAUCUUUAUAGUCUGUUUUAGUAUGAAUUAGAAAACACUAGCUUUUCAUUUAUAAGUAGUGAUGCAAACAUUUCUUUUUAGUUCAGCAAAGUUAAGUGUCCUGGAUAGGAUCCAGGAAUGGAAAAAGGACAUUAGGGAACUAAAAAAAUCAGAGAAAACCAUAGACUUUGAUAAAUAAUAAUGUGUUCAAUAUUGGUUAAUUUUGACAAAUGUACCACACUAAUGUAAGAUGUUAGGGAAACUUGGGGAGGGUAAUAUGGGAAC